GUUAUGCGCGCACAGAGCAGAAGUGUAAAAUGUUUUGAGAGAAUGGAUAUGGCGACUGCGACGGCAACCUUACUACGGUCACCGCCUCCAAUUUUGGCGCCAAAAUCAUCCAAAAAUUUCAACAGAAUUACAGUUAGAGUUUGUAAGUGCAGCAGCAGCGGCAAUUCUCCUCCGCUAUCUUCUAUCACUCCGAUCAACCAAAAUACCUUAUCUAUAAUUCAGAGUUCUGGUGUUAUUGCUUGCCUUCGAGCCAAUAGUGCAGAGGUUGCAUAUGAAGCUGCUUCUGCUGCACUUAGAGGUGGAAUCUCAGUGUUGGAGAUUGUGGUGUCCACUCCUUGUGUGUUUCAGAUUUUACAGCAGCUGGUGCAGGAUCAUCCUACAAAAGUCUUGGGGGUUGGUACCGUUUUAAGUCUUGAGGAUGCUAUAAAUGCGAAGGAUGCUGGAGCUAAAUUCUUCAUGAGUCCUGCAAUGAUGAAGGGUAUCAUGGAAGCUGUCCACGAUGGUGAAGUUCUGUACAUACCUGGUGCAAUGACACCGACAGAAAUAUUGUCUGCUUAUGAUGCUGGUGCUAAAAUUGUAAAGGUCUAUCCAGUUUCUGCUUUAGGCGGUAUCCGAUAUAUAUCAGCACUAAAUAAACCUUUCGCUCACAUACCCAUGGUUGCAUCUCAAGGAAUAAAGAUAGAUUCUGUAGGUGACUACAUCUCCUGUGGAGCAUCAUCGGUUGUUUUAUCUGAUGCCAUAUUUGAGAAAGAAGCAAUGGCUCAAAAAAAAUUCGAUGCAAUAUAUCAACUUGCAGAGCUUGCUGCUUUGCACGGCAAAAAAGCUGUGGCACGAAAGCAAAAUAACACCUCAAACUAACUGAGCAGCUUCCACAUGUUGUGCACACCUGACUUGUUUAGAAGUGGUGAGACGGUAUUGAAGGUCCAGUUGGAACAUAGUCCUGUCUGAGACUGGUUAAUCUCUGCAUACAGCCUACGCAUAAGUCUUGUUGAAGUAUUCCAUAUUUCUAAACUGUUUAACAGAUUUCAGAUAAUUUGUUCAUUUGGAAACUCCGGUGAGUUGCAGAUCCUUGUCUACAGAACUUCCGAAAAGUUGUGAGCUCGGCUAUGCACAAUCCAACAAAGAUAAAACGGGGUACAGUUAUUUCCAUUCCAAAACUUUUCUUAUCAGUACUUGUUCAUAUAUGGAGUCUGGUGCCUGUCUAGAAGGUGAAAGAAAAUUUUGAAUAAUGUUAGGGAUGCUUAUGGAUCAGAUUAAGUAGAUGAAUCAUGAAAGUUAUUCAGAAGCAGCCACCCGAAAGGAAUUUUGUUUUGUACAAAAAGAAUAUUGAAUGGAAAUGUUCAUAUUUGUUA